AAUGAAAGGAAUUAAAGAUGUUCAAUAUUUCAUUCAAGAAGGUAGAAAAAGUCAAAUAGAAAUCAAAGAGCAAAGAGAUAAAGUUGAUGAAAAGUUUGAAACAAGCGAGGAAACAAGCGAUCCGCAGCAAAGUUACUUUGAGGCUGAAAAUAAUUUCUGUUGUACAUCAUUGGAAAAUAAUGACUCACUCAAUUCAACAGAAGCUCAAGAUAACAAACCUAUUAACCUCUCAACCUAUUGGGGUAUGCAUAACACGAAAUUUAAGGAUAACAAUAACAAUACUGACAUAGAAAGCUUUCCUGACAAGUCUAAAUUAUGGUUAAAAGAUUUAACAUAUCUAACACCCGGCGUCAAAUUACCUCCAACGUUAACUAAAGGAAAAGGACAAGUUUUCAUAAGCAAAAAAUCAAGGCCGAUUAAUAGAUUUGAUUUUUUAAGUGAUCAGAAAGAUGACUAA